CCACAGAGAGUUGAUGUUGUUGUUGAUUGUAUGGACGCUUUCCUGGCAAGACUACAAAGCAAAAGCCUGCAAGAAUCGUUGAGAAACACUUGAUUUCAGGAGAGUCGAGCAGUUCAGGAUGAUGGACAUCUGUCUCACAACUUUCCUUUGAGAUUCACAACAGCUGCAGCCAACCUAAACCUGACCAGCAGUCCAACAGCAGUGAGAAGACGAGGAUGCGUGGUGUGGACUGGUAAUGAAAUAAGCCGAGGCACAUCAGGACAAGACUCACGAGGUUGCCGCAGGAUUGGGCUGCAUGUUCCUUUGUGGGUGUGACCAGCAUUCUCUGCCUGGAGCAAAUGACCAUAUAUGGAAAUCCAGCUUGGAAUGACAUCAUACCGAGCCGAGUUUCAACGCUCUGGUGGUGAUCUCGGCGCUUACAUGUGACACAAAAAGAUUGGUUCAAUAUUUAAGAGAAAUUAAUGUUGGGAUGCCCUCUGAAGAUGCUGCCUGAGGAUGUGACAGACGCGGAUGACAUGAGAAAACAGAAGGACGUCUUCUCAAAAAGCCACAUUAUUGUAACUGUGUUUUAGGAACUAUGGGUUGCUCAUCAUUUUGCAGGUGCAUCUCCACUUGACAAAAGUACAGUCAUGAUUUUAUAAGCCUUAAGUGUUUCAGGAUAUUUAAAAAGACAAUCCACCAUGUUUAAACGGUGGCUUAUAGCUCUGCUGCCCCGGGUCGGCCUUCUUGUGCUGGGCCUCUGCUGCUGUCUGUCCCUGUUCUACCUCCUGGCCUGUAAACCAACCUCUCACAGCAGCCAGCAGUCUCUGCUGUGGUCUGGAGGGGCCACCAGUAAGGAGGGAUACAUGGCCUUGUUGCAGGAGAGGGAGGACUCUCAUAGACAUUACAUUAACAGCUUAACAAAGCAGAUAGCCCAGCUAAAGGAGGCUCUCCAGGAGAGGACGCAGCAGCUUCAGGAGUCCCUGGAUAAAGCUAAAAUAAAAGGGAUUCUGCCUCACGGUGUGGCGAGUCUGCACAAAACCCCGACACUGUCUGACCUGAAGGAGUUCUUCCACUCCCAGCUGAGCCAGGCGGAGGUGAACUCAGGUGUAAAGCUGCCCAGCGAAUAUGCAGUGAUUCCUUAUGACACUUUCACCCUGCGUAGGGUGUACCAGCUGGAGACGGGGCUGACCAGGCACCCGGAGGAGAGGCCUGCGAGGAGAGAUCGCAGAGACGAGCUGAUAGGUACAGUGGAAACAGCUCUGCACUACCUGAAUGGACCUCAGCAACACACAGACAACACCAGGCGGAAGCACACAUACUCCCCUCCAGACUUCAUAGAGGGGUUGACUCGUACAGAGCGGGACAGAGGAACCGUUUACGAGCUGAUGUUUAAAGGAGACGGCCCACGGGACUUCACACAGCUCGUGCUCUUCAGGCCAUUCGGUCCUGUGGUGAAGGUUAAGAGCGAGAGCGUAGACACACACAGCAUGCUGAUCAACAUCAUCGUACCUCUUUCCAAGAGGGCGGACGCAUUCAGGCAGUUCAUGAACAACUUCAGAGAAGUGUGCAUUCAGCAGGAUGGCAGGGUUCAUCUCACUGUUGUCUACUUUGGUCGAGAUCAGAUCGGCCAGGUGAAAGCCAUGCUGGACCAGACAACAAGAGAGACUCGGUUCCGGAGCUUCACUUUGAUCCAGCUGAAUGAGGAGUUUUCUCGCGGGCGGGGCUUGGAGGUGGGCGCCAGGGCUUGGAGGCGGAGUCAGAAUGUCCUGCUCUUCUUCUGUGAUGUUGACAUCCACUUCACCGCUGACUUCUUAACUUCCUGUCGUCUCAACGCAGAGCCUGGUAAGAAGGUGUACUAUCCAGUGCUCUUCAGCCAGUACAACCCAUCUAUCAUCUACAGUAAUCAAACAAUUCUACCCUCUGUUCAACAACAACUGGCGAUAAAAAAGGAAACUGGAUUUUGGAGAGACUUUGGGUUUGGCAUGACGUGCCAGUACAGGUCUGAUUUCAUCAACAUAGGUGGUUUUGACCGCAACAUCAAAGGCUGGGGGUUAGAGGACGUACACUUGUACAGGAAGUACCUUCACAGUAAGCUGAUGGUGAUUCGCUCUCCGUCUCGCAGCCUUUUCCACUUGUGGCACGAGAAGAACUGUGCAGAUGAGCUCCCUCCAGACAAGUACAAGAUGUGUAUGCAGACCAAAGCAAUGAGCGAGGCCUCGCAUGGCCAGUUGGGGGAGCUGGUCUUCAAACGAGAGAUUGAGCUCCAUUUGAACUCCCAGAAGCAGAAAAACAAGGUAACUUAAUGAGGACAAUUCAGCUGCGGUUGGUGAUGAGAUAACAGGACUUUGGUGAUAUUAUUAGUCACUGUUAUGUAUGUUCUUGUUUUCAAUGGUAAUUUAUGUUUACUUACAUUAAUUAUUCAGCUUCAAACAAAAGGCGAUUUACUGUGUUUUUCUAUGGACACAUAAACUUGUGCAAAACUGACAUCAGAACAAAUGGCUGGUCAAUAAUGUGUCAAUAAAAAUGGAUUGUAUAAUUUAUUUGUCCACUGUAUGUUUUCUUUCCAUAGAGAAGUCAAAGAGGGAAUAUGGCAAAAGCUGCCAUUAAUAUUUUGUGUGGUUUAAUGUGGUUUCCAAAAUGUUUUUUCUGUCAUGCAACAAACAAUCCCCUGCAUAUUUAUCUUUCCAAAUGUAUGAAUGUUUUCAUUACUGCGCAAACGUGUAAUAAAAGGUAGCAUUUUAUUGAAAUAA